GUAGCAAGCGACUGCGAUAGACAUGUCUUUCACACACUUUAAUAGCUCUCAAGCUGCAGUGUUCUUUCAGGUUGUAUUAGUCAUUCUUCACUCCCUCAUGUGAGAUUGCGCCCUGCAUGUGACAAAUCGGAGCUCCCAUCAUGGCUUUCAAAAAUGCGGGGUAUAUAAGCUUCAGAUUGUAAACAUCACUUGUGAUUCUCAUUAACAACUCGACAAUAACUUAAAGGGUAUUUCGCAUUGCCCAGUCCCAAACACACAAACAUGUCUCCAGCCGGUACUCAAGCGACCAGCUCGGAACUCACUCUCUAUGAUCUCGCUAGCCAGGAUCACUGUGCAAGUUGGUCACACAAUGCGUUGAAGACACGUCUACUUCUAAAUUACAAGGAGAUACCAUACAAGACAACAUGGAUCGAAUAUCCAGACAUAGAACCAACAUUUAAAUCUCUCAAGGUCCAACCAAACGCCUCCGGCAUCCAAUACACAAUCCCCACAAUCCAAAUCCCAGAACUAGGCUACGUACAAGAUUCCAGCACCAUUGCUACCCUCCUAGAACACCGCUAUCCUUCUCCAUCUCUCAAAAUUGAGACUUCUGAACUCUCUCAAGUCGAAGACUUGAUCCCCAAACUUCAACUCUCAAUUCGUCCACUCUGGCUGCCUCUGCUUGCCAAGGGGCUCUUGAACGACGCUUCACGUGUCUAUUUUGAAGAGACCCGAAAGGAAAGAGUCGGUAUGGAUAUAUACGAGUAUGGUGAAAAGGAAAGCAAAGAGAAGUGUUGGGAAGAUACUGAACCAGUCGUCCGCGAAUUGGGGAAAUUGCUGAAAGCUAAGGGUGGUCCAUUUAUUGAGGGGGAUACACCUACGUAUGCGGAUUUCUUCAUCGUCGCUACUCUGCAGAUGAUAAACAGAAUCGAUGCAAAAAUCUUCGCGCGGUUGGUAGAAAUGGAGGACUCUUUGGGAAAGGUACAUACGGCCUGUAAGCCGUGGUUGGAACGGGAUGAUCAUUGAGAACUCUAUGCACGGGAUUUAAAGCAUACCAAUACUCGUAGUUUUGCAAUUCUCAUUUAGAUCAUCCAACAAAUCAUGCGGUAUUUUGAGAUGCCA